CCUUCUUCUACUCAAAGAAAAUACAAAAAAAUAAAUUAUAAUGUUGGGAAGAGAAGAAGAGAGGACAAUGAUGAACAAGUACUACACAAGAAGUUGCAGCUUGAGGACUACUGCCACCACGGCGGCGGUGGCGGCGAACCGGCGGCCAUCAGAGAUACUAUUUUCUCAUCCAAUCAGACAUUAUCUGAAGCGGUUCCGGGGAAGUCUGGCGGAGGCUUUGCGGGUCAUUUCUCCGGGGAGAUGCCGGAAAGUUGGGUCGUCUCCGGACGGGGAGAAGGUGGGGGUGAUGGGGAGAAGCUGCUCGUGCAAGUGGGCCAUGACGAGCGGCCCACGUGCAAUGGGCGGGUUUGAUCAUCAUAGGGCUGAGGCCAUUGAUGAUUGCAUCCGGUUCAUCAACUCGUCCUUGUCAUUGUCUAGAUCGAACUCACUUUCUUCGUGAUUAUAUUAUAUUAUCACUCAUUCGUUAGCUUGCUUAGAACUACAGAGUGCACUUGGCAAUGUAUAUGAUCAACAAUUGAAUGAUGAUCAAUUCUUUUGUUUUGUUUUUUUUAAUAUGAGAAAAGGUUCUUUGUGCCAUUUUAAUUUACUCCUUCCGUCCAUAAAUAAACUUUACAUUA